ACUCUCCAGCUUUAUAUAUUAGUAUAUAUAGAGUAUAGAUAUAGAUUUGAGAGACUGAUGUAUCUACCUAAUCGUCACUUAGAGAUUACAUGUUUAGUGUUCCUUGGAUUACAUACAUUCCCUUAUCGAACAAGUAAUAAAAUUAAAUUGAUCGGAAAAAUUAACGAUAAUAUCCAACAUAACCACCUUUCAAGUACCUAAACAAGUUCUUGUAUAAACAUAAAAUCUACGUUUUACUGUGAAUUCAUUUGACUAUUUUUUGCGUUAAGGUUGGUUGUUGGUAACCUGCAGCACCGAAAGCGAUUUUGAAAGCGACUGCACCAUUACGAAGUCUCUUCAAUGUUAUUGGCACCUGACCUACCGUUAGAAAAAAUAAUAAAGGGAAUCAGAUGCUUCAUUGUCACCUAUUAAGGAAACACGGAUGAGCAUCCCCCUGAUAUAUUAUAAUAGAAUACAAUUUGAGAUACAUGCAUGAAGAAUCCUAAAAAACAGAAAUAUUCCAAAAACUUUAUUCUAAACGAGGAGAACAUGUCAGGCUAACUUCUUUCGCCGGACUCGCAGAGAGCAUGCGCGAGUUAUCCCACGAUUCAGUGAGUCGGUACGAGCCCAUAUUUUUCACGCAGCCUAAGUCGAAGUCAAAAUGAUUUUGCCUUUAUGGAUUACUUCACAAUAAGAGAGUUGCGGCCGGCAAAGUUUGCAUGACGCUGCUAGUACAAAGUUCACGGUCAUACUUAUAGUUUGUAUAAAUAAAAAGGCAGGAAAGACAGCAGGCUGCACGCUUUCGCCCUUUGCUUUUCAGUAGAGAUGGACUCUUACCCCUAACAUGAAAAAAACUGUUUGUCGAUUUUGAUUUACGAACCAUACUUACGUGCAUACCAUCAAAGUUAAUUUUCAGAUACAUUUCGACACUAUGGCGCUAAAAGGAGUUAAGGUUGUAGAAAUGAUGGGAUUGGCUCCAGGACCACUAUGUGGAACUAUUUUGGCCGACUUUGGAGCAACUGUCACCGUUGUUCAAAAAAUGGAUCCAAACCCAUUUGAUGUAAUGUCUAACGGCAAACGAAUGAUUUCGAUAAAUUUAAAGUCCAAAGAAGGCGUCAAUGUAGUAAAAGAUCUUUGUGCAGAAUCGGAUAUCGUUUUAGAUACGUUUCGACCAGGCGUUAUGGAAAAACUUGGACUCGGACCAGAACCAUUGAUGAAGCAAAAUCCUCGACUAAUCUUUGCAAGAUUAACGGGUUAUGGGCAAAACGGAUUUUACAAAAACAAAGCGGGCCACGAUAUCAAUUACGUUGGAAUGUCUGGCAUACUUUCCUUACUUGGUAGAAAUAAACAACCACCUAACCCACCUCUAAACAUUUUGAGCGACUUCGCGGGAGGUGGGGUGUUAUGUGCACUAGGUAUUGUUAUGGCACUGUUUGAAAGAACUCAAUCAGGCAAAGGACAAGUGAUAGAUACAAGCAUGACAGAAGGAGCUGCGUAUGUCGGAAAGUGGUUAUUUAAAUCACGAAAAUUGCCGAUUUGGGGAGGCGAACCCGGCACGAACGCUUUGGAUGGAGGUCUGGCGUGCUACCAAACAUACAAAACUAAAGAUAACAAAUUCAUGGCGGUAGGAGCACUUGAACCCCAAUUUUAUUCUCAAUUCUUGCAAGGAUUACAACUCUCUGAAGAUGAUUAUGCUCAAGUAGGUAACACUGAACAGAGUAAACAAAAAUUCCAAGAAAUAUUUCUAACGAAAACUCAAGAUGAAUGGUGUCAAGUUUUCAAAAACUUAGAUGCAUGUGUCACACCAGUCUUAGACUUAGACUCAGUAGACACACAUAAAUAUCGCGCAAGCGAUUUAUCCUUCCAUAGGGAUGUAAAUAACAUGGUUGUACCUGAACCUGCCCCCAAACUAGUCAGAACUCCAGGAGUGUCUACAGCACAUCAACCUUUGCCAGUGCCAGGACAACAUACAAUAGAAAUUUUAAUCGAAUUAGGAUACAAAAAGGCGGAUAUAGAAGAAUUAAUUAAAAAAGGUCAUGUUUCUGCUAUCAAAAAGUCUAAUUUAUAGCUUACCAUAACUUAAAUAGUAUUUACAAUACUUUGGUAAUAGCAUUUGUUAAUUGUAACAAAUCAUCUUCAAUUGAGGAUAAAAUGUUUUCAUUUUGAAAUAUGGGGUGUAUUUGUAUUGAAUUCAUAACUUUUAAUAUAUUUCUUAAAUCAAA